ACAGCUAUUUGUUCUACUGAUAUCUUCUAACAAUACCAAAGGGAUUAACUUAUAAUUGGUCAAGUGGCUUCUCCUUUGUGCUCUCAGAUAUUAUUAAUAACAAUUUAAUCAGGACCCUUUGAUCUACCCCUCCGAAUGUAAAUGUCCUCAGAGACACAGAUAUGGAGGAGGUCAGAGUUGCUCAAAGUUACUCAAAUUAAAAUAAAGCCAUGAUAAAACCAGGGGGAUUUACUGUGGCUAAUACAAUCCCUCUGAUAUCCAAACGAAGAAACUACCUAUUCCAAACUCAAAGCACCUGACUUAUAGUGAUCAUGGACCACAAGGAAAUUGCUGGCCUGGCCCUAGAACUGCAGACACUUCUAAUUGCCCAUGAUAAGGCAUUCACACAGAUCCAGCUCAUAGACAGCAAGCUCAGCACCCUUACUGCUAAGAUAUUUUCUGCCCAUGAAGAGGGCCACCAGGGGCUCAGACUACACCUCCUCAGUAGGAAGUCUGUAGUGGAGGGUGUGAGACAGGCCUUCCAUCAGUACCGUGUCAUUAAGUGGAACCAGAUCCGUGAGUUAUCUAACCUGAUCCUUGAUACCUUUGCUAUAGACAGCAGCACCUUGCCCCUCCCUCCACAGCCUGACCACGUCCAUCAGCAGAUCGAGGAGGAUGAUCUAGCCACCACGCUGACCAUAGCUUACUCUGUCUGUUCUAGGACCUGGUGAUCUAGCUUGAGGACUUGGUGAUCUAGCUUGAGGACUUGGUGAUCUAGCUUGAGGACUUGCAUGGUGAUCUAGCUUGAGGACUUGGUGAUCUAGCUCUAGGACCUGGCGAUCUAGCUUGAGGACUUGGUGAUCUAGCUUGAGGACUUGGUGAUCUAGUUUGAGGACUUGGUGAUUUAGCUUGAGGACUUGGUGAUGUAGUUCUAUAGGUCUUUUAGUGUGAACUUGAAUAAUGACUUGUCAUAUCUGACGUUGACUUUCUGAAACAACAAUGACUUGUCUCUUGUCUUAUCUGACGGCGACUUUCUGCAACAGUGAUUUUGGUUAUGAUGAAACAUCUGUAUGCAGAUUUCACCUCAUGUUUUCAAGAGAUUGAAAAUGACUUUGAACUCUACACUAUGGAUUCCCUGUCUCCCCUGAUGUAUACUUAGACUAGUGCUGUAUACCAAAACAUAAGUGUCAAAUAUUUUCUGUACUAUACUUGCUAUUGGAU